AUGAGUCGACUAGGCGACCCGUCGACCAAGGACAUCGUGCUGAGACUCUCCCGGUCGAGUUUAUCGCUGCAUGAACGGGACGCAGAGAGCGGCAGUGAGCGUCACGAACGAAUUCCAAGCAAAUUAACGUCGGAAGGAUCGUUCUUUUGGGUAAGUGCAUCUCCACGUGAAAAUGGGCAGCCGUCACAACUGGGCCAUUUGGAAAUCGGGAGGAAUGACGCUCCAUAUGAACAACCGGUUGUGAACGUUUGGGAUCGACGUUGGUGCGGCCUUGUGCUUCAUAGUAUCGUCGUCGGCAUCGUCAGCACCGUCCUACCGCUCUGCGUCUACCCGUUUCUCACGUGCAAUCUCAACAUGGAAGGCACUCAGACGCUUUCAGCUCGCACACUACUGGGACUUCCGUAUGCUCUUAAGCCAGUGUUCACGCUAUUCACUCACUGUUUCCCCCUACCAAGCGGCUGUCGUCUCCGUUCUACGAUGAUUCUAGGCUGGACGGUGACGGCUGUCGCGUUGAUCGCUAUCUUCUUUCAGGAUCAACCAACGCCUUAUUUCCAAGACCGCGAGCUGGUCGGUACACCACUCAGCGAGUUGUCAACGCAACAGAUGAAUAGCAUUAACCUUGACGCUCCGUCACACGGCGCCUUCUACGUUAUGCUCAUGUCGAUAGCUUCGGUGGGGUAUGUCUUGGCAGACGUCGCAGCUGACGAAUUGAUCCGUGAUGUCGCGACGCACCACUUCGAUGUGUUUAGCUCUCAGCGAGACGAAGACGUGGUGCUUCAGCCUGUAAUCACCAAGUACCGGGUCUUUGCCAUGCUAGGAAGCUUCCUGUUCAUUGGUUUUGGUAUGAGCGGAACGGAUUAUGGUGGAGAGUUUGACUUUACGCUGGAAUACAGGCAAGUGAUGCUGAUCGUGGGCCUGAUCGCAUUGAUUCCGUUGUCAUUACUAGGCUUUCCAGUGAGCGAGACUCCGCGAGACCGGCGCUCAUUUCGUGAGGCACUUUGCGAGAUUUGGUCGCUAGUCUCCAACAACGGCUUAAGCCACAUACUGCUGUACCGGUUCUUGGGCGGUAUGUUCGCUGGUGUGAGUGCUACUGCAGUGAAUCCGAUCGCUUUCUACUAUGCCGGUGUGCAGCCUUUGAACGACACUGUGGUGUCUUUUGUGGCCCUUAGUGUGGUGCUGUGGGUCUUGAAUUGGGUUGACGAGAAGGGCUGGAACGUGAACUACCGUACCGUAAUCGUCGUCGGCACAGUCACUACACUCGCCCUGGAUGUGGCCGCCACGAUGUUCACGAUCUGGGACGUCGUGCGCAGUCAGUGGCUCUGGAUCGGUUUACCCGUGAUGGAGGCAAUCCCGUCGGCGCUAGACUAUACGAUCUCGACAGUCGUGUUGACUGAGGUGACGGAUCCAAGCGCUCGCUCAGCCAUGAGCGGGUUGGUGACUAGUGUGUCGUUCUUGGGUGGUCCGCUGGGUCUUGCGCUGUCCAAGUACAUGGACGCGUCGUUCGACGUAACGAACCAGGAUAUCAUGACGGACACGACGCAAGUCCGAGACCAAAUAAUGGCGACGUUUUUUAUUGCGUACACGAUGCAAUUGGCGUCGCUGUUGUGGCUGUUCGCUUUGCCGAAGCAUGCGAGCGAAGCGCAGCAGCUGAAGCUUCGUAGCGGCACUUCGACGAUCCAUGGCGUGGGUCUCUUGAUGCUUCUGGGUGCCACAUUGCCUUUUGUGGUGGCGGUUCACGUGCUCUCCGUGUAUGAGCCAACGGCGUGUCUGAGCUUCUCUGGUGGCUCUGGGUGCUAG